GAAAAAACUCGUUUCCCUUUUUUUAUUUUGUCCUCAUUUUCGGUGUCUUUUCAGCUUCUUCUUCGCUUCGUCUGAGGACAGACUCAUAGAGACACCGAGAGCUCUCAGCUCUUCUCCGAAGCGGCGUCGUUUUGGGCAUUACACACACUGCCGCACUGUCCUUAUUUGAGCUGCUUCUGCCGAAAGGAGUUAUGGCUGUCUGUUGGAGUUUUGUUUGUUGGAGAUUUUAUGGAUACAACCAGUGGAUUGCUUUUCACUGUAAUGAAUUUAUGAGUGCCAUAGCUGGUCAUUAAUUUGGUGCAAAUGUGACAACUUAUCUACAAUCAAGGACAUUGGUUUGUCUCAGGAUUUGCCUUUUUUGGUGCGUAUCCAUUCCGUUAUAAAAUCAUGCCUUCGUGGUGGAGAAAGUCUUCAUCCAAAGAAGUAAAGAAGAAAGCAAAUAAGGAGAGUUUCAUUGAUACCAUAAUGACUAUACACCGAAAACUUAAGAGUUCUUCUGAAGAAAAGUUUAACAGUAGUUCAGGGGGUUCUAGGAGACGAUGUACUGACACCGUUUCAGAAAUGGGUUCUCAAUCCAGGGCUUUGUCACCAUUAACCUCGACACAAGUAUCACGCUGUCAAAGUUUUGCAGAGAGGCCUCAUGCCCAACCACUACCUCUUCCUAGAGUGCAACUUUCCAACAUUGGGCGUUCUGACUCUGCUGUAACGGCAUCAUCAAAAACCGGGUCUGAUACAGGGCCCAAGCAAUUGCUCUAUGUACCCCUUUCAAGCCCUGGCCGUAUCUUGAGCAGGGCAGUACCUGCAGAUGCGGACGGUGAUAUAGCCACUGCUUCCAUAUCUAGUGAUAGUUCUAUUGAUAGUGAUGACCCACCUGACUCACGUCUCCUUAGUCCCAUGGCCUCUGACUGCGAAUAUGGCACCAGAACAACUCUGAACAGUCCUUCCAGGGUAAUGCAAAAGGACCAAUUCCCUAAUGUCAACCAAAAGAACACAAAAGAGACUUUGAAGCCGGCUAAUCUUCUAUUCAAUAAUCAGAUUAUGACCACAUCACCAAAACGGGGACCUUCAAGGACACAUUUGCAGAACAUACAAAUUCCUUACAAUGGUGCUUUCUCUAGUGCUCCAGACAGCUCCAUGUCAAGUCCUUCUAGAAGUCCUAUGAGAGUGUUUGGCUCUGAUCAAGUUCUGAUCUCCAGUUUCUGGGCAGGAAAGCCUUAUCCCGAUAUAGCUUCUACCCACUGCUCCAGUCCAGGCUCAGGUCAUAAUUCCGGACAUAAUUCGGUCGGAGGGGAUCUGUCUUCACAGCUUUUUUGGCAGCAAAACAGGUGUAGCCCCGAGUGUUCUCCAAUACCUAGUCCCAGAAUGACCAGUCCUGGCCCAAGCUCCAGAAUGACCAGUCCUGGCCCCAGCUCCAGAAUACAAAGUGCUGCAGUUACCCCUCUGCACCCACGAGCUGGAGGGCAAGCCAUGGAGUCACCUACAAGCCGACCCGAUGAUGGGAAGCAGAAAAGCCACCGAUUACCACUUCCUCCAAUAACAACAACUAGGACCUGUCCUUUUUCUCCUGCUUAUUCACCUGCAACAACUCCCACAGUUCCUCGCAGUCCUGGUAGGGCAGAAAAUCCACAAAGUCCUGGUUCACGCUGGAAGAAGGGGCGCCUGCUUGGGAGGGGUACAUUUGGACAUGUGUAUCUUGGUUUUAACAGUGAAAGUGGUGAGAUGUGUGCAAUGAAGGAGGUAACUCUAUUUGCAGAUGAUGCAAAGUCAAAGGAAAGUGCACAGCAGCUUGGGCAAGAAAUUUCUUUGCUAAGUCGACUACGACAUCCAAAUAUAGUGCAGUAUUUAGGAUCUGAGACGGUAGACGAUAAACUCUACAUAUACUUGGAGUAUGUGUCUGGUGGAUCCAUCUAUAAACUGCUUCAAGAGUACGGUCAGUUUGGUGAAAUAGCAAUUCGUAGUUAUACUCAACAAAUCUUGUCAGGGCUUUCAUACUUGCACGCGAAAAACACUCUCCACAGGGAUAUCAAAGGAGCAAAUAUAUUAGUAGAUCCCAAUGGUCGGGUAAAGUUGGCAGAUUUUGGGAUGGCAAAGCAUAUUACUGGGGAGUCUUGUCCGUUAUCCUUCAAGGGGAGCCCAUAUUGGAUGGCACCAGAGGUUAUCAAGAAUUCAAAUGGUUGUAAUCUUGCGGUUGAUAUAUGGAGCCUGGGUUGCACUGUUCUUGAGAUGGCCACGACAAAACCACCUUGGAGCCAAUAUGAAGGGGUUGCUGCUAUGUUUAAGAUAGGAAACAGCAAGGAACUUCCUGGAAUUCCUGGACAUCUUUCAGAGGAUGGGAAGGACUUUGUUAGGCUGUGUUUGCAACGUAACCCACUGCAUCGUCCUACAGCUGCUCAGCUUUUGGAGCAUCCUUUUGUUAAGAAUGUUGCUCCACUGGAAAGACCCAUUAUGAGUUUGGAUCCUUCUGAAGGACCACCUGCGGUGACGAAUGCAGUGAGAUCUCAGGCCUUUGGAAAUGGGAGAAAUAAUUUGCACUUAGACUCUGAAGGGAUGACUAUUCACCAGUCCAGAGGCUCAAGAACUGGAUCAGCAUCAAGACAUGUCCACACACCAAGAAAUGUGUCUUGCCCAGUUUCACCCAUUGGAAGCCCACUUCUCCAGUCUAGAUCACCACAACAUGUCAGUGGAAGGAUGUCUCCCUCUCCCAUAUCUAGCCCCCGUAUCACAUCCGGUGCAUCUACACCUCUCACUGGUGGUGGUGGUGCAAUCCCUUUUCAACACUUGAAGCCACCAACAACCUACUUACAUGAAGGCACACAGAUGACCCAGAGAUCCCAGAACAGUAGUUUCUAUACAAAUGGCAGCAUGCGAUAUCAUGAGCCAAAGCCUGAUCUAUUUCGAGGGAUUCCGCAGGCCUCUCAUGAUUUCCGGGAUAUAAUUUCAUCUGACAAUGUUGCGCACAGAGACCAGUUUUGGAAGCCUGUUCCUGGGCAGCAAAGAGAGUUCUGUGAUGUGCAGUCGGUUUUGGCUGACCGUGUGUCUCAGCAGCUCUUAAUGGAUCAUAUGAAGCUGAACCCAUCCAUGGACCUAAAUCUUCACUAGCUGCACUACUGCUUGAUCACAGAGGCGGUAUAUAUUGACCGUGAUCCUUGUCCGAGCAGUGCUUAUAUACAUAGAAUUGCUGUUGAUGCUUUCAAGGUUGGCAUUGCAGCAGUGUUGUAAUCCUAGUCGAAAUUGGACAAAAUCAUCCAGUAAGGUUGGAUCUUUGGAUAGCUUGAAUAACAGUAGAGAAGCAUGAUAUGAAAGGCCUCAAUGUAUUGUCCUCAGAGAGGGUUGAGGUUUUUCCCUUUGUAGAGAUGGAGGUGACCUUUGGAGUUCCAGCAUUUGAUAAUUCCUUGUAAAGAGAACAUUUCCGCUGCUCUAAAGAAUGUAUAUUUUACAACUGGUGACAAAAAAUGUCGGAAGGCAUAUCACCAUUUGAGCCUGAUCAUUUUUGUUUCUUUUUUCUAGGAGGAAUGAGGGAGGGAAAAAUUGUUGUACAGAGGGUUGGGGAGGCGAAGAUGGUAGUUCAGAGUUGGCCGGAGGCUGGUAGGUUUAGUCUCUUGUAUCGGUUUGUGGCAGCUUAGUCUGACUCUUAAUAUGGGCGGCUUUACUGUACACUGUUGUAUCUAAAUUAUACUGGCAUCAAAUAGAAGAAAAAUUCUAAUUGCUCUCGUA